AAGCAAAAUGUUAAAAGUUUUUUGUUAAUGGAGAAAAUGCUGUUAAAUUUAUUGUCACUAAAACUACCUCAACUCUCCUCGUCAGCCUAACCUCUUCACACACAAAACUACAGCAAGUUGAUGGUCAGCAAAGUUGAGCGCACGCCAACCAUUUCAGAUAAGCAAAUCCAUACAACACAAACCGAGGCGACACGUGUCACAACAUCACUUUGUCUCAUAUAUUUCUUUCUUUCUAAGUCUUGUGUCGAACACAAUUGGUGGUAGUAGGCGAAAAAAGUAGGAGGAGAAACAAAUCAAGCACCAAAAUUUCAUUGCCUUAAGCGUUGAGACCUUGGAGAGAAAGAGACAGAGACAGAGACAAAGAUUUGAAAAUCAAAAAAAUGUCAACUGCUUCAUUAUGUUCAUCAACUCUUCAGUCCCAAAUAAGUGGACUUGGUUCGGGUCUUAAGCUUCAAAGGCAAAAUCUUGCUCAACCCAGUUCGUUUACCUUCACAAGGAAAACUUUUAGGACCGCAGUGAAGGCUACAGCUAGGGUUGAUAAGUGCUCAAAAAGCGAUAUCAUUGUUUCUCCGUCCAUUCUAUCCGCUAACUUUGCAAAGUUGGGGGAGCAGGUAAAAGCAGUAGAGGUGGCUGGCUGUGAUUGGAUCCAUAUUGAUGUAAUGGAUGGCCGCUUUGUACCAAACAUUACCAUAGGACCACUUGUGGUUGAUGCCUUGCGCCCUGUGACUGACCUUCCUUUGGAUGUGCAUUUGAUGAUUGUGGAACCAGAACAGCGGGUGCCAGAUUUUAUCAAAGCUGGGGCAGACAUAGUUAGUGUUCACUGUGAGCAAACUUCUACAAUCCAUUUGCAUCGUACAGUUAACCAAAUAAAAAGUCUCGGAGCUAAGGCUGGAGUUGUCCUAAACCCUGGUACCCCUUUAGGUGCUAUAGAGUACGUUCUUGAUGUUGUUGAUCUAGUCUUGAUUAUGUCUGUCAACCCUGGCUUCGGUGGACAGAGCUUUAUUGAGAGUCAAGUAAAGAAAAUUUCCGAGUUGAGAAGAUUGUGUGCAGAGAAGGGUGUGAAUCCAUGGAUUGAAGUGGAUGGUGGAGUAGGUCCAUCAAAUGCAUACAAGGUAAUUGAGGCUGGAGCAAAUGCUAUUGUUGCUGGUUCAGCUGUUUUUGGAGCUAAAGAUUAUGCUGAAGCUAUUAGAGGAAUCAAAAAUGCCAAAAGGCCCGAAGCAGUAGCAGCCUGAGCUCUGUGAUGUCUUCUUUUAAUUUGUGAUACCAUAUUUCUGCAUUGCCAUGUAUGUUACUUAUACCUCUACCUUUAUGAGAUUAUCUUACUAAAGGCCUUACUAAAGACAGCUCAUGUUGUGAUUAUUAGUUGAAUGAUCUUGUCAAUUUUCUUAUAUUCACUUUUGCAGCUAAGAAGCUUGAUGAGUUUUAAAACCAAAUUGAUCAUAUCAACUUCUUCAAAUUAUGCUGUCGAUUCCUGCAAUAUCUGUUCUGUCAGAGUGAAAUAAAAUGCAAUCAAGCGGUAAGACGGCUGCGUGCAUACUUUGUAUACUAUAUCCUUAACAGGGAUCUAAUUAUUCGAAUAAGAUCAUAAAUCCGACGAGAACUAUUUCUAUAUAAAUAAAUAUUUUUUUUCUGUCA